AGGGACCCCUCCCAGGGACAUGCAGCCGCCGCGGGUCACUCUGGUUCUGGGAUGGAGACGAGGACAUAAGGCCUCGGACAGGUAGAAGUCUGAACAUGUACACUUUGAUGGGCGGCGGUCUGCUAUGUGCAGUCUCUGGAUUGGUUCUGCUCAUAGUUGCCACAGCGACUGACUUUUGGAUGCAGUAUCGGUACUCGGGGAGUCUGAGUAACCAAGGUCUGUGGAAGUUCUGUGUGGCAGGAAAAUGUCAUCCUCAUACCAUCACUGUAGCGUUCUGGGACGCCACCCGUGCAUUCAUGUUGUUGUCUAUCCUGUCCAGUUUUGCUGGAAUAAUCCUCGGCCUUACUGCUUUCUCCAGUGGGGCCAAAUCUGCUAGAACCCGCUCUGCAGGAGUCACAUUACUGGUUGCAGGCUUCUUCGCUCUCCUGGCCCUGUCCGUAUACACCGGGGUGACCGUGAACUUCUUCGGGAAGCGAUAUGCUGAUUGGCGAUUUUCCUGGUCCUAUAUUCUGGGCUGGAUCGGAAUUAUUCUUACUGUGUCCGCAGGAAUCUUCCAUCUCUGUGCCUACGCCAGAAGCAGCCCCCAGGAUGUGGGCAAUGUGUCCAGCGGAUGAGACCCUUCCAGCUCCUCCCCCUUUAUUAUCUGUGACCCGGCCCCCGCGGGGAGAGUCACAUGGAUCCGCAGCACCUCCCCCGCUGUCUCUGUAUUCACCGUUUUUCUAUUUUGUAUGAAGA